GUUAGCAUAUCAUUUGCACUUGACAUUUCUUGAUCUAGAAGUUUUUGCCCUAAUUUCAAUCGAACCCUAUUAUUUCCCCUUUUCGUUUGUCUGUUGAGCACGUCAUAGGAGCGUUUUACCCUGCGCGACCGGCUCCCCCUCCCGGCGACGGCGACCCCCUCCGCCGCGCUAUACUUUGGGUCUUUCAAACCCGAUCUGCAGCUCAGCUCAGCUCAGCUCGUGACCACCGCCGGAAGCCGGGAAGGCGGCGAGCGCCAUGUCGGCGCUGUUCAACUUCAAUUCGUUCCUGACCGUGGUGCUGCUGGUGAUCUGCACCUGCACCUACAUCAAGAUCCAGUUCCCCGCCAUCCUCAACGAUCGCACCGGAUUCCGUGGCUUCUUUUGGAAAGCAGCCAGAAUAGUGCAAGGUGAUGGUUAUGUGCUGGGGACAGCGCCAGGCCAAGUAAAGCACCAUGGCAGAUCUGGCUCUCUACACCAUGUUGCUACUCUAGGUCUCAGGUGAGCGCCUGAGCCCUUGGGUAGCUUUUGGGUGCUUAGCCAUGGGGAUAUCCACUAUCUUCUUCUAAGGCCUUCCUGAUUUUAACCCAGGCUUCUGAAGAAUUGGGAGGAACAGCGUGAUAUUGUUGCACUGUUUGCAAGAACCAUUUUUGCUCCAAUUUUACUGGGAUGUGGAUGUACUAGGUCAGGCAAGUGCCGCUUGUUUAAUAUCAGGUUGAUGCCCUGUGUGCAAAGCAGAAAUGAUGCUAUGGUGGUUAUGAUGCGUGUUGAAAUUCGCUUAUGUAUUCUAGUGUCAUUUAGAUUCAGGAACUACUAGUGGUAUAUGGAUGUGCCAGUUUACUGUACUGUCAGCCUAACCGAACAUUUCUAUGCUUGUAAUUCGUCACGUUCAGUUAUAUUCCCUUCGCUCCAAAAAGAAUCCGUACAUAUCUACGGGUCUAUUUUAGGAGAGUUUCAAAAA